AUGUCAGCCAACGGAACUUCCACCGGGUCCAUCCGCAUCUCCUCAGGCCAUCUCGGCCUAGGCCGUGUCUCGGACAACCCGGCCGGUGCCAUCGAGCGGGCCAACGAGCUUCUGCAGAAAAACCACGACAAGUACCACAUCUUUUGGCGUGAUGUGGGUGGACACAACCACCUCCCGCACUCAGUGCUGAGCGUCCUGGCCCUUGGUGGCGGUCCGGACGAGGUCCAGCGUGCGUUUGACGAUGGUGUUGCCAUCCAGCGUCCGAUUCCGCCCCUGGACACCGCCGUCGCCCAUGACCUCAAGGACCCUUCCACCUUCGCCGCUCACAUCGGCGACAUCAACCAGUACACCAACUACCUCGCCUUCUUCGAACAGGAAAUCGCCGCCAAGGGCUGGCGCGAAGUCCUGCAGGAGCACGUCUUCAGCGGCACCCCCAACGCCGAGCGCAUUUUUGCCCAGCUGUACGAGGGCGCCCACCAUCCCAUCAUCCACCUCGGCUUCGGCGUCGAAUUCGAACUGCCGGGCAUCAUCGCCGAGGGCCUCGCCCAAGCUGCCGUGCACGACUCGGCCAACCUGGAAGGCUUCUACCACGAGAGCGAGAAAAUAGCCGCCUCAGCCAACACCCCCGUCAAGUCUCUCCUCGCGCUGUACGACGAGGUUCGCGCGACCCCCAAGAUCGCCACAGCCGCCCUCAUCCAGCAGGGUCCCGUCCGCGUGCGGGAGGGUGUGAUCGCGCGCGCCGGCAGCGAGAUCGCAGCCGUAGCGGCGCAGUGGCGUGUCGCGAACAGCGAGGAAGCGCUGGAGCGGGCAGUGGCCGAGUCGGCCAAUAUCGCGGCGUACUCGGCGGGCGCGGCACAGCGGCCGGGAAAGAAGCGGCGGAUCGAUUUUUUCCAUAUGCACAACGUCAACGCGAGCAUCUUUUUCACCGCGCUGAUCCGGCAGCCGUGGAUUUCUCUCGCCGACAAGGUCAAGCUUGUCGAGCGGAAGGCCCGGACGGAUCUCGUGUGGUAUGCUGCGAGCUCGGCGCCGGAGCUGCGGCCGGAGUUUGUUAGGGAGUACGCUCCGACGCUUAGUUCUGGUGUCAAGGCCGGGGACUGGCAGGGGCUGUACAAGCUGGUGAAUGUUGCGCAGGAUGACGGGCAUCUGGCCAAGUUUGUGCGGGCGCUGAAGAACGGCGAGGAGAUCUCGCGCGGGUUUGAGACGGGUGAGGGGGCUGACGACUUCCCGGUGAAGGGAGAUGCUUGGUUUAGGCUGGCGCAGGUGGCUUACGACACGACCUUGAACCAGGCCGAGGAUGACAAGUGGAUUUGGGGAUCUGGGUUUGAUCCGUUGUGGGCAAAGGUUCCUGCUGCCUAA